AAAUCUCUAUUAAUAGGCAGUAUAUACAGACCGACAGUUGGAGAGCCAUUAUAAAGGUCAGCAGGUAAUCGUGGGGGCUCAAUGUGAUCCUGUUUCGAAUCCAUUUGUGAUGCGGUCUUUGAAUCCUUAUAUAGCAUCUUAAUUCUAUGAUCCUUCUCUCUAGUUCUGCAGUUAAUGCUAUGUAAUUAGUUUCCAGUAAGUUUACCAGAUAUUUUGGAAGUGUAGGUCCUACUAAUGCUAGCAUAUUGUGGCCUACUAAAGGGUCAUUACCUAGCGAUUGUUUAGUUCGUUUAUAUCUGGCGAAAAACAACCACCUUCUUACCUCGUACACACACAUCUUCUAUGAAAUCAUUUGAGAGGGUUAUGUCCCUGAAUGCGGUCUUAGUCUGUGAAGGGCCAACGUUUGCCUUUAUAGAGUGUUGUAAUAAAGGUUUUUACUUCUCCUGUAUGCUUCUAUGUCUGUAUUUCAAACUUAGUGUCUUCACUUCCAGACAGAGUUCAAGGUACUUUUGUAACCUCAAGGAAAUGAAACCUUCACUGGUUGGGACUGUGGCCAUCCUCGUGUUAAUGAGUUCAUGGGACAUGAUAGAAGGUAGACCACGCAUUUCUCGGCAGGCCGACAUGAACAUUGAUACUCCAGUAGUGAACACUUCAUAUGGUCCUGUCAAAGGGAGACGCUUUGACUUUGGAGGUUCUCAAACUUUGGAGAUAUACCUCGGCGUCCCGUACGCAAGACCUCCAACAGGAGCAUACAGAUUUGCUCGGCCAGUUGCCCCUGAUGCCUGGACACAGACCAGAGAUGCUACUGUACAUGGUGCCAAGUGUAUUCAGAGGAUAAUCACAGGGGACCCACCAUUAGAAAAUGUCCCAUUUAGUGAAGACUGCCUCUUUGUGGAUGUGUAUACUCCAGGAAGCGCGAACAAGACUGGACUCCCUACCAUGAUGUUUAUACACGGUGGAGGCUUUUACGGUGGCAGUGGAGCAUUGUAUAACUUCACAAAUGUUGCUCUUAAAGGAGUUGUUGUCGUCUCAGUCAGUUACAGGUUGGACAUAUUUGGCUUCCUGUCAACGCUAGAUGACGCGAUUCCGGGCAACUUUGGACUUCUGGACCAGGCUUUUGCUUUAGAUUGGAUCAAAUCAAACAUUGACAAGUUUGGUGGAGACCCAAAUAAAAUAACUGUAUUUGGUGGCAGCGCAGGGGCAGUAAGUGCCUCCUUCUUCCUGUUAUCUCCCCUGACACAAGGGAAAUUCCAAAACGCCAUCCUGCAGUCAUUGUCUGGCCUGUGUAACUACAGCCACCACAAACAGGACGUGGACGCCUUCAACUAUCCAGUGAAAAUCUCUAAAGAGAUCGGAGAGCUCUUGAACUGUUCACUUCCGGCACAAAAUUUUUCCCGCCUUCUGUUGGAAUGUCUCAGAAAACUUCCGGCUGAAGUUAUCAUCAACCAAAGCGUCGCACUGCAGGAACAAAAGUAUGGCGACUCCCUAUUCUACCCAGUCAUCGAGAAAACAUUUGGGUUUCUCCCGGACACGCCCGCAAAACUUCUGGACAAGUUGGACCCUAAGUUUUACGUGCCGACAAUCUACGGCUACACUUCUGAAGACGGCAGCUGGCUUGUCAACGACAACGAGAAUGAUGGUGUCGAUGUGAGAGAGUUUCAGACCAGCAUCAAUUUGACUGUUGCAUCUCUGUACGAGCCUGCGGACCGAAGCACCGUCCUGUCCAAAGCUCUCGCCACCUAUCUCCCCAAGGACUCGCUUAGCGUUACCAAGCUCGCGCUCAGGGAUCGACUCGUUCGCGCUCAGACAGACUCAUUCGUCGUUGGGUGCAUGGUGCACGAAGCUCAACUUUUUGCCGCCAAAACACAGAAUUCCAAAACCUAUUUUUACGAGUUCGCUCACAGGCCAAGUUACUCAAAGUACCCAGAUUGGUUGGGCGUGGCUCACGCCGACGAAAAAGGCUUCGUCCUGGGCCUACCACUUGGCCCAGACCCAUUCAAAUAUCCAGUUAACAAUGCAGACGAUCAAGCCGUUGCCAACUUUAUUGUCAGUGCCUGGACCAAUUUAGCUAAAUAUGGCGACCCUUCACCACAAGGUUCAGGCUUGGUUCCCUGGCCGGCCAUUGAUCCGAAAUCGUCCGACAUUUCGAUUAUGCAGAUUAAAAUCAAACCGAGUGUUAAAAAAUUUGACCGACCGGAAGCGCUUGAUGUUUGGGUAAAUUUUGGCAGCAGUAUCAGUAAUGGCAUGGGCCAUAAUCCAGAUAUAUUCAUGGUUAUUUUUUUUACUGGGUUACGGUUUCUUUAGUUCUGUAGCUAGCGUAUAGAGUACAACUUGAAAUUCAAAUUUUACAGUUAUACUUCAACAGUAUAAAUGAUGUUGUCAGCUUUGAAAAAAAAAAAGGUUUAUACUCUGAACGCACAGAGUAAAAACAAAAACUAAUCGAAGAGCUUCACAUUCCCGAUUCCAUUUCUUUAUACAUAUUUCUGACUAAAUAAACCUCAAAAUAUUUUCAAUUAAAUUUUAUUCAAAGCAAUUUAAAUCUAUUGUAGAGCAGGCACGUGACCUGAUCUGAGAUUCUCAAAACUGUUCCUAUUAUCAACCAUUAUCAAUGACAAAAUGAACUGUAUAUCUAGCCAGUCCCAUUGGAAUAAUUUUAAGUCGUUUCAAUUUAUUAUGGAAGAGUUUCGUUUUGUAGAAAUCUAUACAUAGAAUUGAACUUAAAAGCACUUUAUUGUUUGUGGUCUAUUAAAAAUGUUUGAUUGUACAUAACAUGAGAUUACAAAUAUCACAAUGAUUGUCAACUGAAUGGACCUCAUUCAUCAAUUGUAAACAAGAUGAGGUCUAUUGGAAUGGUUAAAAAAUCGUUGCUGUAAAUGUGUACAUGAUACAUUGUUAGUAUUUGUCUCCUGCGCACGUUUCGGAUCAAUAUUUUAUGUAGAACUAUGUUAGGGUCCCAUAUAGCCCCGUGUGUUCUUAGACACCGAUCGAUAUGACAGCCAUGGUUUAAUGAUAUUUUAUGUAUAUAAUAAAGUCUAUUACGUUCUUUAUGUACUGUUUUAUUCAUUCAACUGGCUUGUUAGUUUUUUUUAAAGCCAAACGAAUUUGAUAUGCAGAUAGAAACGAAAUGUAAAUAUUUUAUUGUAUCCAAACUUUUAUUCCUGAAACAUUCAGAGUGCUCUUUUC